GUCUCCAGACCAGCAACUCCCGCGGGCGUGGCAAGGGUCCUGUGCCAGGCCUGCCCAAAGCUGUGUCUUGCUUCUGCAGGGUCUGUAGCCUGCCCAGAACAGCCAGGAGGAUGUCCAGUGCUUAACCCUCUGCAAGCUGCCUGGCUACAGGGCUGGUGGGGCCUGGAGAAGCCGCCUUGAGGUUGCUUGGACUCUGGGAAAGGCCAUUGGGAGCAGGCUUGGGCAGGAAGCCGAGCCCCCGGGGAGCUGGGAGCCGCGGUUCCAGAGCCAGUCACGUCCUGCGCGGGAGGGGGCGGGUAGGUUGUGCCGCGGGUAUUUGGGGGAGCGUCCUGGUUCUAGGCGCUUCCAGCGGCUCCCCUGCACAAGUGACUUCUGGAUCCAGUUCUGGGGGCAAAAAAAAAAUGCCUGCCCUCCACAUCGAGGAUCUGUCGGAAAAGGAAAAGCUGAAGAUGGAGGUUGAGCAACUUCGCAAAGAAGUAAAGUUGCAGAGACAACAGGUGUCUAAAUGUUCUGAAGAAAUAAAGAACUACAUCGAAGAACGUUCUGGAGAUGAUCCCCUGGUGAAGGGAAUUCCAGAAGACAAGAAUCCCUUUAAAGAAAAGGGCAGCUGUGUCAUUUCCUAAGAAACUCAGGGGGAAACUCUAUUCUCAGUUGGGACAAAUUGUUCUUUUAUUUGUUUUACUUUUCCCCCAAAUAAAACCAAAGUGUGUGUUAAAGAAGGAAGAAAAUGUAAGCACUCUCCAGGCAGUGCAUGUCCGAAAGAUACCUGCUUUUCAUCGUUCCUCACAAUACCCCCUUUCUCAGAGGGGAGAGCAUCUGACCUACAGUGGGAUGAAGGCUUGUCUCUCCCCUUUCAGUACACUGCUUGCUGCCUCAAUAAAGUUUGUCCUGGGAAAAGUAGUCCUGGUGACUUAAGACAGCA